AUGACGCCCCUCUCUCCAUCUCUCCAUGUCUCCACUCCAAAACACUCACCACUCGCCCCACGGUCUCGCCCCAUCAAACCCCACCCAGCCAUUGCCCUCCUCCAAAUUUCCCGAACCCACGGCGAGCUCUCCCAGAUCCACUCCCUCCUCAUCAAAACUGCUCUCAUCCGGGAGAAGCAUGCCUUCGGCCGCCUCCUUCUCUCCCUCGCCUCCCUCUCCCAUUCAGACGCCCUCGAACAUGCCCGGAAACUCUUCGAUGGCCCCGAUUGCCCGAAGAACACCUUUGUCUGCAACUCCAUGAUCAAGUCUUAUUCUCACUUCGGCGACCCAAAGUCGGCCCUUUUAGUCUUCUCCCAAAUGGUGCAUGAGGACUUGGUUCUGCCCGACGAGUUCACCUAUACUUUUGUUCUCAAUGCUUGCUCCAAGUCGCCACUCAUCUCCGAAGGCAAGCAAGUCCAUGCUCGGAUGGUCAAAACCUCGGCUUGGGUCAGCACUCAUUCGUGGAACUCCCUGAUGGAUUUCUAUAUGAAGACAGGGGAGGACAUAUGGAGAGUCCGUCGGAUUCUUUGCUCGAUGCAUGAGCCUGAUAUUGUCUCGUGGAACUGUUUCCUUGAUGGGUACGUAAAGUUGGGAGCUUUGGAUGAUGCGCGGAAGUUUUUCGAUGAGAUGCCACAGAGAGAUACAGUUUCUUGGACUACAUUGCUCGCGGGCUAUGUAAAUGCUGGGUUGCUUGAAGAAGCAUGCAAUUUGUUUGAUGAGAUGCCGGAACGUAACAUGGUCUCUUGGAGUACAAUGAUUAAUGGGUAUGCGAGGUCUGGUCGGUAUAGGGAGGCUUUAGCUCUGUUCAAAGAGAUGCAGGUCUCGGAUGUUAGAGUAGAUAAGAUCACACUGACGACACUGCUCUCUGCUUGCGCUGGAUUGGGUGCUUUCGAUCAAGGUCGGUGGAUUCAUGCUUAUAUUGACAAGCAUGGAGUUGAAGUGGAUACCCAUUUGUGCACCGCUUUGGUUGACAUGUAUGGAAAAUGUGGGAGGAUUGAUUUAGCUAAUGAAGUAUUCAGGGGGUUUCUUGAUAAGAAGGUGUUCUUGUGGAAUGCUAUGUUAGGAGGGCUUGCGAUGCAUUCCCGAGGAAAGGAAGCACUUGAGCUAUUCACCGAGAUGUUGGAUAGUGGAAUAAAGCCCAAUGAGAUCACCUUCAUUGGUGUAUUGUCAGCAUGCAGCCAUUCAGGCCUUGUCAAUGAUGGAUUGCAGAUUUUUAACAGUAUUGAUAAAGAUCAUGACAUUGUGCCCACUAUUGAGCAUUACGGGUGUUUGGUGGAUCUUCUUGGCCGUGCAGGGUUGUUAGAUGAUGCAAAAAGGGUCGUUGAGACAAUGCCCAUGGCGGCCAAUGGCAGUGCUUGGAAAGCUCUUCUAGGAGCAUGCAGGCUCUACGGUGAUGUUGAAUUGGGAGAGCAGGUGGGAAAAAUUCUACUAGAGUUGGAGCCAAUGGAUGAUGGCAAUUAUGUGCUUCUAUCGAAUAUUUAUGCCAUUCAGAAUAGGUGGGAGGAUGUUGGUAGGUUGCGGAGGAUGAUGAGGGGAAAGGGAGUGAGCAAAACUCCAGGGUGCAGUUCGAUAGAAGUAAAUGGUGUGCUUCACAUGUUCAUAGCUGGGGAUUGGUCUCACCCACAAAGUCAGGAGAUAUAUAUCCUACUGGAUGAACUAGCCAAGCAGUUCUCUACAAAUUGGAAGCAGUCACAACUUAGAUGA